AAUUUAUGCAGUAAAACAAAUUUUUUCAAUGAUAAAAAUAGUUUUAAUUGCUGUUAUGAGUGCGUUAAAUCGUAUUUUUAUACAAAUUUUUCUUGUUUUUUAGAGCAUUUAAAUCCGUUCUCUUAUUUUUUAAAGCACAAUAUUUAAAUUAAGUGUUUAAUUUAAAUUGUACCUAUAUAUAAUAUUUAUAUUUUAUUUCAUAAUAGGUAUUACAACCAGUCAACACUCAACAUGAAUAUCAAAAAAGUUCUAUUUGUUAUUAUUACAACCAUACAUUUCACUUUUGGAUUCAUUGCUUACGAUUGCGGAGGUCCUAACCUAAAUAUAACUUCCUUUGACAGUCUAGAAGUAGACAACUGUGAUCUUCCAAUACCUUCGAAAACAGAACGGGUAACAAGAAUACAACUAUUGCAAAGGGUUGAAACAUAUCCAGUUAAUUUCAAAUCAUGCCUGAUCACUGUUGAUUAUUUAAUAACAAGGUGUUCGGCGUUUGAAGACGCACAAGUUGUAGAGGGAGGGUAUUUUUCCGACAUAAUAGAGUUAGGUAGUGCUAGAUGUUCAGAGACUCACCAGAAACAAUCUUUCACUUUUCAAACGGGAGGAGUAGUGACAGAUUUAAAAAUAAACGAAACGAUAUUUGUAACAAAUAUCAUUGCCGGAACAUUAGACAAGUAUGGUAAUUGUAAAGGCACAACUUUUAAAUCAAGCAGAGGAGAGUGGGAAGAUGUGGUCGUACAAGCUAAAUUUAAAAUAUUGCUUUCAGAAGGUACGGCUAUAGCAAAUAGUAAAGAUAAUAUCCUCAUACUUCCAACAGGAACCAAAAUGAAAUUAUCUGAAAAUUAUGGUUUUGAUUCUUUUAAAGGAGAGACUAUAUGGACAAACAACCAUUUCACUUGUGAAGUACAAGAUUUCAAUGUUUUAUAUGAUGGUCCUGCAUCGUUAAUAAUUUCAAAUGCCAUUAAUGAUUUUUCAAAUAAUAUAUAUACCUAUAUUGUGGAAACGGAUAAAAUAGUAUUUUCCCUAAAACAAUUAAAAAAAGUUUUGCAUGCGGGAUGCCAGUGAUUCAAACUGAACACAUACAGUUAGUCAUACUUGUAGAUACCGCAUUUUUCAAUCGAUUUACGACAACAACAAUUUCUCCGCAAAACACUGAUUUGUUAGCCUACGUUAAUACAAAAUUUGUUUAUGUUGAAAACUUCUUUAAAUCUACGAUAACAUCAUUGUAUAAUGACAUAAUUAAAAAACAGUGUGAUCUCGAACGAAAAAUAUUACAACAAAAGCUUACACUAGCCUCUUCGAGCAUUUCCGACUUUUCGUAUCUUAUGGGCGAAGGACCAGGUUUUACUGCAGUGAAAACAGGCGAAAUAAUAUAUUUAAUAAAAUGUAAAAAGGUAAAUGUUGAAAUAUCGAGAAAAAAUGUAUGUUUUAAUGAACUACCAGUUUUAUAUAACAACAAAACGUUUUUCAUGGCCCCCAAAACGCACAUAUUGCAACAAUUUGGAACUCAAAUUGAUUGUAAUAUACUACUUCCACCUGGCUUCAAUUUGGACGGAGACUGGUUUGGUAUUGUACCCAAUAUACAAGAAAUAAAAAAACCACAAAAGCUCAAACCGGCUACAACCUGGACGUGGUCGUACAAAAGUCCAGAAUCGCUUAUGAAUGCUGGUAUAUACACACAAGACACAAUGAAAGCUUUUCAGCAACAUAUAUUGUUUCCACAAGAAGUGAGUGCUGCUACAAAUAAUUUAAUAAGACAAUCUAUGGGAUAUGAUACGACUAACCAAGGUCUGCAAUAUAAAUAUCUUAUUGACGAACAGACAAUAAGCAACAUGGUCGAAAAUAAAUUACAUCAACUUUGGGGAUGGUUUACAACUAUUGGUACUUUUGUUUCGGGACUGAUGGGGAUAUUUUUUAUUGUAAAAUUAAUAUUAACACUAGUGGAUACGGGGAUUAAUAUUACUAUUUUAUACAAAACCUUUGGGUGGAGUGCAAAACUGUUGGCAGGAAUUUUUUCUAGUAUUACCCAUUAUUUAAUGUUAAAGACACACAAAAAAAAUCAAAAUUUUGAUCAAGACUCGCUAGACACAAAACAUGUUCGCUAUUCAAUUAAAAAUAGCAAAAAAGUGUACCCGAGCUUGAGUCAAGAUUCUGUUUAAACACUUUAAAGCCAUACAGAAAUAAUGUAUUUAAUUUAAUUUAUUAUUUAUUUAGUAUUAAAAGUAUUGUUUUAAAUUUGUAUAUUUUAUUUAAUUAUUUAAUGAUAAAAAAUUUUAAUUUCAUAUUAAAUGUACAUGAAAAAUGCAAUUAUUACCUUUAUGUUAUAUGUUUAUAAAUAUAAUACAUUUGAAAAAAGGUUAAAGAAAUAUUUGUUUUUUACUAUUUUGUAUGGUAAUUAAAUAUUAGAUUAUAAAAUGAUUAAAUUAUGUAUUUUUAAGUGUGUUUAAGUAGGUACAGGUUAUUAUGCUCAAUAUUCUAUUUUUCUUUGAAUUACCAAAAAAAUUUGUAAGUUGUAGCAUGUUCACGAAUAAUGUAUAAUGUAAAAUAUACGCAAUACAUUUAAAUAUUACAAAACUAAUAUUUAGAUAUUUAGGUAAUAUUAAUUUAGGUUAUUGCUAUAAAUUAGUUAUUAUUUACUUUAUUAUAAAUAUUUCAUG